UGGCCCGGCUUAGUCUUAAAUCUUAGAAAAGAAAAAAAAAUCUACCUGGGCACUGGCGAUAGGAACACUCACAGUAUCAGUCAGAGUGGCACUUGACUGAGUGGCUUCUUAUUUUGAGUGGAGUUAGGGAGCCUGAGCUCCUGCCCAUGGAGGGUGUGGCUUCUGAAGACAGCCUUUCCGGCAGACUGGAGACCUCUGGCUGCCAGCAGUCAUUUUAUGAGGUGUCUAUAGAGUCAGCUCCCUGGAGAGGAGGAGACUGAGAUGAGGUCACCUGGCCCAGCAGGUCAGCAGGGGAGGGUCAGCCCAGGGGCUGUGUGCCCAGCCCUUUGGUAAAGCAGCGUUUUCUCUUUAAUUCAUCCUAAAUGUGCAUUCUACUAUUAAUUACUGCGGGACAAAAAGGGAUUAGUGCAGCUGGCUGGCUCCCCCCGCCCCCCUUUGCACUUUCACACUUCCCCUUCGCUGCUGCCGACCAGUUGAAAGGGCAGUUGGGUUUCCUGUCCGUCUUUUGUUUGAGCUGCAGUGAAACCCCCUGGAUUCAGAAGACAGGACCUGAAUGGGGCACCAGGCUGAGCCGUCCGAUCUGUACUGGGUGCCAUGAAAGCUCCACGCAGGCCUUACCAUGGAAGGCUGUGACUCGCCGGUCGUCUCGGGGAAGGACAAUGGGUGCAGUAUCCCUCAGCACCGGCAAUGGACUGAACUCAACAGCACCCACCUCCCCGACAAACCCAGUAGCAUGGAGCAGCCCGCAGGCGAGAGCCACGGGCCCCUGGACAGCCUGAGGGCCCCCUUCAACGAGCGCCUGUCUGAGAGCAGCACCGCUGUCUCGGCCGGGCCUCCCGCCGAGCCCGCCAGCAAGGAGGUCAGCUGCAACGAGUGCUCGGCCUCCUUCGCCAGCCUCCAGGCCUACAUGGAGCAUCCCUGCCCUGGCGCCCACCCCGCGCCGCCCCUGCGGGAGGAGAGCGCGAGCGACACCAGCGAGGAGGGCGACGAGGAGAGCGACGUGGAGAACCUGGCCGGGGAGAUCGUCUACCAGCCGGACGGCUCGGCGUACAUUGUGGAGAGCCUGAGCCAGCUGACCCAGAGUGGGGGUGCAUGUGGCAGUGGGCCUGUCCCUUCUCUCUUCCUGAACUCUCUCCCUGGGGCGGGGGGCAAACAAGGGGACCCUUCGUGUGCUGCACCCGUCUACCCACAGAUCAUCAACACUUUCCACAUAGCCUCAUCCUUCGGGAAAUGGUUUGAUGGCUCGGACCAGGCUUUCCCGAAUACCUCAGCCCUGGCGGGGCUCAGUCCUGUCCUGCACAGCUUCCGCGUUUUUGACGUGCGACACAAAAGCAACAAGGAUUACCUGAACAGCGACGGUUCUGCCAAAAGCUCCUGCGUAUCCAAAGAUGUUCCCAACAACGUGGACCUGUCCACGUUCGAUGGCUUUGUGCUCUACGGCAAGAGGAAGCCCAUCCUGAUGUGUUUCUUGUGCAAACUCUCGUUUGGGUACGUUCGUUCGUUUGUGACCCACGCGGUGCACGACCAUCGAAUGACCCUGAGCGAGGACGAGCGGAAAAUUCUUAGCAAUAAGAACAUCUCCGCUAUCAUCCAAGGGAUCGGCAAAGACAAGGAACCCCUUGUCAGUUUUCUGGAACCAAAAAACAAAAACUUUCAACACCCUUUAGUUUCCACAGCUAACCUCAUAGGCUCCGGACACAGUUUUUAUGGUAAAUUUAGUGGCAUUCGGAUGGAAGGGGAGGAGGCUCUCCCAGCCGGCACUGCCGCUGGCCCUGAGCAGCCCCAGGCUGGUCUUUUGGCCCCUAGCACCCUCUUGAACCUUGGCGGGCUCACCAGCUCGGUCCUGAAGACCCCCAUUACCUCAGUCCCCCUGGGGCCUCUGGCUUCCAGUCCUACCAAAUCCUCAGAGGGCAAGGACUGUGGGGCAGCCGACGGAGAGAAGCAAGAAGUGGGUGAUCCCGAUUGCUUCUCCGAGAAAGCAGAACCAGCUGAGGAAGAGGAGGCAGAGGAGGAAGAGGAGGAGGAGGAGGUGGAGGAGGAGGAGGAGGAAGAGGAGGAGGAAGAAGAGGAAGAGGAAGACGAGGGCUGCAAAGGACUCUUUCCAAGCGAGUUGGAUGAUGAGCUGGAGGACAGAGCCCUCGAGGAGUCCGGGGCUGCGGCCGGUGGUGGUAGCAAAAAGGAACUUGCUCUCUCAAACCAAAGCAUUUCUAACUCCCCCUUAACGCCUAAUGUGCUCCAGACCUUGUCGAGGAGCACAGCUUCUACUAGUUCUAAUUCCGCUUCUUCCUUUGUUGUCUUUGAUGGUGCGAACAGGAGGAAUCGUUUAAGCUUUAACAGUGAGGGCGUCAGGGCCCACGUGGCGGAGGGCGGCCGGAGGCUGGACUUCACUGAUGAAAGUGCCAAUAAAGACAAUGCCACAGCACCAGAACCAAAUGAAAGCACAGAGGGUGACGAUGGGGGCUUCGUCCCCCAUCACCAGCAUGCUGGCUCCCUCUGCGAGCUUGGGGUUGGGGAGUGCCCCUCGGGGAGCGGCGUGGAGUGCCCCAAAUGUGACACGGUCCUGGGCUCCUCCCGUUCGCUGGGUGGCCACAUGACCAUGAUGCAUUCUCGUAACUCGUGCAAGACACUCAAGUGCCCCAAGUGUAACUGGCACUAUAAGUACCAGCAGACGCUGGAGGCACACAUGAAGGAGAAGCACCCGGAGCCAGGGGGCUCUUGUGUCUACUGCAAAAGCGGGCAGCCCCACCCCCGGUUGGCACGAGGCGAGAGCUACACGUGCGGUUACAAGCCUUUCCGCUGCGAGGUGUGUAACUACUCCACAACGACCAAAGGCAACCUCAGUAUUCAUAUGCAGUCCGACAAGCAUCUCAACAACAUGCAGAACCUGCAGAACGGAGGUGGGGAGCAGGUCUUCAGCCACAGUGCUGGGGCGGCGGCGGCCGCGGCGGCGGCAGCAGCCGCAGCUGCCAAUAUCAGCAGCUCCUGCGGGGCUCCCUCACCCACCAAACCAAAAACCAAACCCACGUGGCGGUGUGAGGUGUGCGACUAUGAGACCAACGUGGCCAGGAACCUCCGCAUCCACAUGACCAGCGAGAAGCAUAUGCAUAACAUGAUGUUACUGCAGCAGAACAUGACCCAGAUCCAACACAACCGCCACCUGGGCCUGGGCAGCUUGCCUUCGCCUGCUGAAGCCGAGCUCUACCAGUACUACCUGGCCCAGAACAUGAACCUGCCCAACCUGAAGAUGGAUGGUUCGGCCUCCGACGCCCAGUUCAUGAUGAGUGGAUUCCAGCUGGAUCCCACAGGGCCCAUGGCCGCCAUGACACCUGCUCUAGUGGGCGGUGAGAUCCCCCUCGACAUGCGGCUCGGGGGCGGGCAGCUGGUGUCGGAGGAGCUGAUGAACCUGGGCGAGAGUUUCAUUCAGACCAACGACCCUUCGCUGAAGCUUUUCCAGUGUGCCGUCUGCAACAAGUUCACGACGGACAACUUGGACAUGCUGGGGCUGCACAUGAACGUGGAGCGCAGCCUUUCCGAGGACGAGUGGAAGGCUGUGAUGGGGGACUCCUACCAGUGCAAGCUCUGCCGCUACAACACCCAGCUCAAGGCCAACUUCCAGCUGCACUGCAAGACGGACAAGCACGUGCAGAAGUACCAGCUGGUCGCCCACAUCAAAGAGGGCGGCAAGGCCAACGAGUGGAGACUCAAGUGUGUGGCCAUCGGCAACCCUGUGCACCUCAAGUGCAAUGCCUGCGACUACUACACCAACAGCUUGGAGAAGCUGCGGCUGCACACGGUCAACUCCAGGCAUGAGGCCAGCCUGAAGUUGUACAAGCACCUGCAGCAGCACGAGAGCGGUGUGGAGGGCGAGAGCUGCUACUACCACUGCGUCCUGUGCAACUAUUCCACCAAGGCCAAGCUGAACCUCAUCCAGCACGUGCGCUCCAUGAAGCACCAGCGCAGCGAGAGCCUGCGCAAGCUGCAGCGGCUGCAGAAGGGCCUGCCGGAGGAGGACGAGGACCUGGGCCAGAUCUUCACCAUCCGCAGGUGCCCCUCCACCGAUCCAGAAGAAGCCAUUGAAGAUGUGGAAGGACCCAGUGAAACAGCUGCUGAUCCUGAGGAGCUUGUUAAAGACCCCGAGAGUGGAGGCGAGAAAGACCAGAGCAAGUGGACAGCACCGUCCAGCCAGUCAGAGAAGGAGCUGACAGAGUCUCCCGCAACCUCCAAGCGCAUCUCCUUCCCAGGUAGCUCUGAGUCUCCACUCUCUUCGAAGCGACCGAAAACCUCCGAGGAGAUCAAGGCGGAGCAGAUGUACCAGUGUCCCUACUGCAAGUACAGCAAUGCCGACGUGAACCGGCUGCGGGUGCACGCCAUGACCCAGCACUCGGUGCAACCCAUGCUCCGCUGCCCCCUGUGCCAGGACAUGCUCAACAACAAGAUCCACCUCCAGCUGCACCUCACGCACCUCCACAGCGUGGCCCCCGACUGCGUGGAGAAGCUCAUCAUGACGGUGACCACCCCGGAGAUGGUGAUGCCGAGCAGCAUGUUCCUCCCCGCGGCCGUUCCGGAUCGAGACGGGCCUUCCAAUCCCGAAGAGGCAGGAAAGCCGCCCGACACUUCGGAGGAUCUGGGAAAGAGCAUCCCGCCCUCUGUGAGCACAGAGGGCAGUGGAGACGUGAAACCCGCCUCUGCCGAGCCCGGCUCUGUGAGAGAAGACUCGGGCUUCCUCUGCUGGAAGAAGGGGUGCAACCAGGUCUUCAAAACCUCCGCGGCCCUCCAGACCCAUUUCAAUGAGGUGCAUGCCAAGAGGCCUCAGCUGCCCGUGUCGGAUCGCCACGUGUACAAGUACCGCUGUAACCAGUGCAGCCUGGCUUUUAAGACCAUCGAGAAGCUGCAGCUCCAUUCUCAGUACCAUGUGAUCAGAGCUGCCACCAUGUGCUGUCUUUGUCAGCGCAGUUUCCGAACCUUCCAGGCUCUGAAAAAACACCUGGAGACAAGCCACUUGGAGCUGAGUGAGGCUGACAUCCAGCAACUCUACGGCGGCCUCCUAGCCAAUGGCGACCUCCUGGCGAUGGGAGACCCCACCCUGGCGGAAGACCACACCAUAAUUGUGGAAGAAGACAAGGAGGAGGAGAGCGACUUGGAAGAUAAGCAGAGCCCAACAGGCAGUGACUCUGGGUCUGUCCAAGAAGAUUCUGGCUCCGAGCCAAAGAGAGCUCUGCCUUUCAGGAAAGGCCCCAAUUUUACCAUGGAAAAGUUUCUAGACCCUUCUCGCCCUUACAAGUGUACUGUCUGCAAGGAGUCUUUUACUCAAAAGAAUAUCCUCUUAGUGCACUACAACUCUGUCUCCCACCUGCAUAAGUUAAAGAGAGCCCUUCAAGAAUCGGCCACGGGUCAGCCAGAACCCACCAGCAGCCCGGACAACAAACCUUUUAAGUGUAACACUUGUAACGUGGCUUACAGCCAGAGUUCCACUCUGGAGAUUCACAUGAGGUCUGUGCUGCAUCAAACCAAGGCCCGGGCAGCCAAACUGGAGGCCGCAAGUGGCAGCAGCAAUGGGACCGGGAGCGGCGGCGGCGGCGGCGGCAUCUCCCUGAGCUCCUCCGCGCCCAGUCCCGCCGGCAGCGGCGGCGCCAACGCCUUCGCCACCACCAACGCCGGCCCUGCUGGCGUCACGCCGAGCCCCAGCCUGCUGAGCCAGGGGCCCGCCGAGAGCGUGGCCAUGCCCGCCCUGGGGAAUCCCAUCAGUGCCAACACGGCCUCUCCUUCAGAGCCCAAAGAGGCCAACCGCAAGAAGCUCGCAGACAUGAUCGCGUCCAGGCAGCAGCAGCAGCAGCAGCAGCAGCAACAGGCGCAGGCGCAGACCUUGGCCCAGGCCCAGGCUCAAGUUCAGGCUCACUUGCAGCAGGAGCUGCAGCAGCAGGCCGCCCUGAUCCAGUCUCAGCUGUUCAACCCCACCCUCCUCCCUCACUUCCCCAUGACCCCCGAGACUCUGCUGCAGCUCCAGCAGCAACAGCACCUCCUCUUCCCCUUCUACAUCCCCAGUGCCGAGUUCCAGCUCAACCCCGAGGUGAACUUGCCCGUGAGCGGCGGGGCGCUGACCCUGACGGGGACGGGCCCGGGGCUGCUGGAGGACUUGAAGGCCCAGGUGCAGAUCCCGCAGCAGAUCCUGCAGCAGCCGCCGCCGCCGCCGCCGGGCCAGCUCUCCCUGCCCCAGAGCCACGCCGCCCUCCUGCAGCCGGGCCAGCACCCGGAGAAGAAAAACAAACUGGCCGUCAAGGAAAAGGACAAGGACGGCGCGCGGGAGCGGGAGGGCGCGGAAGGCGGGGAGGGCGCCGCGGCGGGGCCCAAGGAGCUGCUGCUGCUGCCCGAGGGCGGGAAGGCCAAGGAGAAGAAGGAGCCGGCGGCGCCGGGGGGCGGCGGGGGCCCCGAGCCGCCCGUGCUCCCGCCGCGCAUCGCCUCGGACGCCCGGGGCAACGCCACCAAGGCCCUGCUGGAGAACUUCGGCUUCGAGCUGGUCAUCCAGUACAACGAGAACAAGCAGAAGGGGCAGAAGAAGAGCGCGAGGGCGGAGGCCGGGGAGAGCCCCGAGAAGCUCGAGUGCGAGGCCUGCGGCAAGCUCUUCUCCAACGUCCUGAUCCUCAAGAGCCACCAGGAGCACGUGCACCAGACCUACUUCCCCUUCCAGCAGCUCGAGCGGUUCGCCCAGCAGUACCGGGAGCAUUACGACAAGCUGUACCCGCUGAGGCCGCAGACCCCGGAGCCGCCGCCGCCGCCGCCCCCGCCGCCGCCCCCGCCGCCGCCGCCGCUGCCCGCCGCGCCGCCCCAGCCCGCGGCCGCGCCCGCCCUGCCCGCCGCGGCGCCGCCCAUCACCUCGCCCCCGCUCGCCCCCGCGCAGCCCUCCGUGCCGCUCACGCAGCUCUCCAUGCCCGUGGAGCUGCCCAUCUUCUCGCCGCUGAUGAUGCAGACCAUGCCGCUGCAGACGCUGCCGGCGCAGCUGCCCCCGCAGCUCGGCCCCGUGGAGCCCCUGCCCGCCGAGCUGGCCCAGCUCUACCAGCACCCGCUCAACCCGAGCCUGCUGCAGCAGCAGAACAAGCGGCCGCGCACCCGCAUCACCGACGACCAGCUGCGCGUGCUCCGCCAGUACUUCGACAUCAACAACUCCCCCAGCGAGGAGCAGAUCAAGGAGAUGGCGGACAAGUCCGGCCUGCCCCAGAAGGUGAUCAAGCACUGGUUCCGGAACACGCUCUUCAAAGAGCGCCAGCGGAACAAGGACUCGCCCUACAACUUCAGCAACCCCCCCAUCACCAGCCUGGAGGAGCUCAAGAUCGACUCCCGGCCCCCCUCGCCCGAGCCGCAGAAGCAGGAGUACUGGGGGAGCAAGAGGUCCUCGAGAACGCGGUUCACGGACUACCAGCUGAGGGUCCUCCAGGACUUCUUUGAUGCCAACGCUUACCCAAAGGACGAUGAAUUUGAGCAGCUCUCGAACCUACUGAACCUUCCCACCCGAGUCAUCGUGGUGUGGUUUCAGAACGCGCGGCAGAAGGCCAGGAAGAACUACGAGAACCAGGGAGAGGGCAAAGACGGGGAGCGGCGCGAGCUGACCAACGACAGGUACAUCCGCACGAGCAACCUCAACUACCAGUGCAAGAAGUGCAGCCUCGUGUUCCAGCGCAUCUUCGAUCUCAUCAAGCACCAGAAGAAGCUGUGUUACAAGGACGAGGACGAGGAGGGCCAGGACGACAGCCAGAACGAGGACUCCAUGGACGCCAUGGAGAUCCUCACGCCCACCAGCUCGUCCUGCAGCACCCCGAUGCCCGCCCAGGCCUACGGCGCCCCCGCCCCGGCAGCCAGUGCCGCCCCCUCUGCUUUCCUGCAGCUCACGGCAGAGGCCGAUGAGCUGGCCGCCUUCGGCGUGAAGGCCGAGGCGAGUGAUGAGAAACCAAAGCAGGCUGAACCCCCCGGUGCGCAGCCAACCCCAACCCAAGAGAAGCAAGGUCAACCAAAGCCCGAGCUGCAGCAGCAGGACCAGCCCGAGCAGAAGCCCGGUGCGCCCCAGCAGAAGCUUGCGCAGCUGGCCGCGCCGCCCUCCCUGACUCAGCCCCCUCCCCAGGCGGCGCCCCCACCGUGCCCCUUGCCGCAGUCCAGCCCCAGCCCCUCUCAGCUCUCUCAUCUGCCCCUCAAGCCGCUCCACACGUCCACUCCGCAACAGCUGGCCAACCUACCUCCGCAGCUCAUCCCCUACCAGUGUGAGCAGUGCAAGCUGGCCUUCCCGUCCUUCGAGCACUGGCAGGAGCAUCAGCAACUCCACUUCCUGAGUGCGCAGAACCAGUUCAUCCACCCCCAGUUUUUGGACAGGUCCCUGGACAUGCCUUUCAUGCUGUUCGACCCCAGUAACCCGCUCCUGGCCAGCCAGCUGCUCUCCGGGGCCAUCCCUCAGAUCCCUGCGAGCUCUGCCACGUCUCCUUCCACGCCGACCUCCACCAUGAACACGCUGAAGAGGAAGCUGGAGGAAAAGGCCAGCGCAAGCCCUGGCGAAAACGACAGCGGGGCCGGAGAAGAGCCUCAGAGAGACAAGCGGCUGAGGACCACCAUCACACCCGAGCAGCUAGAAAUCCUCUACCAAAAGUACCUACUGGACUCCAACCCAACUCGCAAGAUGUUGGAUCACAUCGCGCAUGAGGUGGGCCUAAAGAAACGCGUGGUGCAGGUGUGGUUUCAGAACACCCGGGCCCGCGAGCGGAAGGGCCAGUUCCGGGCCGUGGGGCCGGCCCAGGCCCACCGCAGAUGCCCUUUCUGCAGAGCUCUCUUCAAAGCCAAGACCGCCCUCGAGGCUCAUAUCCGGUCUCGCCACUGGCACGAAGCCAAGAGAGCUGGCUACAACCUCACUCUGUCCGCCAUGCUCUUGGACUGCGAUGGGGGGCUCCAGAUGAAGGGAGAUAUUUUUGACGGCACUAGCUUUUCCCACCUUCCCCCAAGCAGUAGUGAUGGCCAGGGUGUCCCCCUUUCGCCCGUGAGUAAAACCAUGGAGCUGUCUCCCAGAACUCUCCUGAGCCCUUCCUCCAUCAAGGUGGAAGGCAUCGAAGACUUCGAAAGCCCCUCCAUGUCUUCGGUGAAUCUGAACUUUGACCAAACGAAGCUGGACAACGACGACUGUUCCUCUGUCAACACGGCAAUCACGGACACCACCACGGGGGACGAGGGCAACGCGGACAAUGACAGCGCGACGGGAAUCGCAACGGAAACCAAAUCUUCUGCGCCCAGCGAGGGGCUGACCAAAGCAGCCAUGAUGGCCAUGUCGGAGUACGAAGAUCGCUUGUCAUCUGGUCUGGUCAGCCCAGCCCCGAGCUUUUACAGCAAGGAAUAUGACAAUGAAGGUACAGUGGACUACAGUGAAACCUCAAGCCUCGCAGACCCCUGUUCCCCGAGUCCGGGCGCAAGCGGGUCUGCGGGCAAAUCCGGUGACAACGGGGAUCGGCCCGGGCAGAAACGUUUCCGCACUCAGAUGACGAAUCUGCAGCUGAAGGUCCUCAAGUCAUGCUUUAAUGACUACAGGACGCCCACCAUGCUGGAGUGUGAGGUCCUGGGCAAUGACAUUGGACUGCCAAAGAGAGUUGUUCAGGUCUGGUUCCAGAAUGCCCGGGCAAAAGAAAAGAAGUCCAAGUUAAGCAUGGCCAAGCAUUUUGGUAUAAACCAAACGAGUUACGAGGGACCCAAAACAGAGUGCACUUUGUGUGGCAUCAAGUACAGCGCUCGGCUGUCUGUACGUGACCAUAUCUUUUCCCAACAGCACAUCUCCAAAGUUAAAGACACCAUCGGAAGCCAGUUGGACAAGGAGAAAGAGUACUUUGACCCAGCCACUGUCCGUCAGCUGAUGGCUCAACAAGAGCUGGACCGGAUUAAAAAGGCCAAUGAGGUCCUUGGACUGGCAGCUCAGCAGCAAGGGAUGUUUGACAACGCCCCGCUCCAGGCUCUUAACCUUCCCACCGCAUACCCAGCGCUCCAGGGCAUUCCUCCUGUGUUGCUCCCCGGCCUCAACAGCCCCUCCUUGCCAGGCUUUACUCCAUCGAACACAGCUUUAACGUCUCCUAAACCGAACUUGAUGGGUCUGCCCAGCACAACAGUUCCUUCCCCCGGCCUCCCCACAUCUGGAUUACCAAAUAAGCCGUCCUCAGCCUCGCUGAGCUCCCCAACCCCAGCACAAGCCACCCUGGCGAUGGCCGCCCAGCAGCCGCUCCCCCCCCAGCAGCAGCCGCCGCCGCCGCAGGUGCCGCCGCCCGCCGCCCCGCCGGCCGCCCCCGCGCAGCCCGCGCCCCAGCUCCCGCCGCAGCAGCCGCAGCCGCAGCCGCAGCCGCGGAAGGACAAGGACGGCGGCGAGAAGGCGAAGGAGAAGGAAAAGACACACAAAGGGAAGGGGGAGCCCCUCCCUGUGCCCAAGAAGGAGAAGGGCGAGGCCCCCGCGGCGGCCGCGGCCACCCUCUCCGCCCCGCUGCCCGCCAUGGAGUACGCGGUGGACCCCGCGCAGCUGCAGGCCCUGCAGGCGGCCUUGACUUCGGACCCCGCGGCGUUGCUCACGAGCCAGUUCCUUCCCUACUUCGUCCCCGGCUUCUCCCCGUACUACGCCCCCCAGCUCCCCGGCGCCCUGCAGAGCGGGUACCUGCAGCCCAUGUACGGCAUGGAGGGCCUGUUCCCCUACAGCCCCGCGCUGUCGCAGGCGCUCAUGGGGCUGUCCCCCGGCUCCCUGCUGCAGCAGUACCAGCAAUACCAGCAGAGCCUGCAGGAGGCCAUCCAGCAGCAGCAGCAGCAGCGGCAGCUACAGCAGCAGCAGCCGCCGCCCAAGGCGCAGCCGCCGCCGCCGCCGCCGCAGCCCAAAGCAAGCCAGACCCCAGUCCCCCCGGGGGCUGCCUCCCCAGACAAAGACCCUGCCAAAGAAUCCCCCAAACCAGAAGAGCAGAAAAACGCCCCCCGAGAGGUGUCCCCCCUCGUGCCGAAGCCCCCCGACGAGCCAGAAGCGGAAAGCAAAGGCGCCGCGGCGGACCCCCUCUGCGACCCCUUCAUCGUUCCAAAGGUGCAGUCCAAGCUGGUGUGCCGCAAGUGCCAGGCGGGCUUCGGCGACGAGGAGGCGGCGAGGAGCCACCUGCAGGCGCCCUGCUGCCCGGGCGGCGGCCAGCCGGCGGCGGCGGCGGCGGCGCUGCAGGAGCCGGUGCUGCGCGUGGCCGGCGCGGGCGGCCCCGGGGGCGCGGGCGGCGGCGGGUACCACUGCCUGGCGUGCGAGAGCGCGCUGUGCGGGGAGGAGGCGCUGCGGCAGCAUCUCGAGUCGGCCUUGCACAAACACAGAACAAUCACGAGAGCAGCGAGAAACGCCAAAGAGCACCCUAGUCUAUUACCUCACUCCGCCUGCUUCCCCGAUCCUAGCACCGCAUCUACCUCGCAGUCUGCCGCUCACUCAAACGACAGCCCCCCUCCCCCGACGGCCGCCGCCCCCCCCUCGCCCCCCUGCGCGCCCCCCCACGCCCCCAGGAAGUCUUGGCCGCCCGCGGCCCCCCGGGCCCCCGCCGCGAAGCCCCCUCCUCCUCCUUUCCCUCCUCUCUCCUCAUCUUCAACGGUUACCUCAAGUUCAUGCAGCACCUCAGGGGUUCAGCCCUCGAUGCCAACAGACGACUAUUCGGAGGAGUCUGACACGGAUCUCAGCCAAAAGUCCGACGGCCCGGCGAGCCCGGCGCAGGGUCCCCCAGACCCCGGCUGCCCCCAGGACAGUGGUCUGACCAGUGUAGGAACGGACACCUUCAGAUUGUAAGCUUUGAAGAUGAACCAUACAGACAAAAUGAAUUUAAAUAAAAUUAAUAACAAACCAAUUUCAAAAAAAAAAUAGACUAACUGCAAUUCCAAAGCUUCUAACCAAAAAAACAAAAAAACACAAAAACAAAAAAAAAAACAUUAAAAAAAGUGAAAAGGAAAAAGCGUGGGUUGUUUUCCCAUAUACCUAUCUAUGCCGGUGAUUUUACAUUCUUGUCUUUUCUCUCUCUCUCUUUUUCU